AUGGCUUUUUCUGAGAAAAGGACUUCCUCCAAGGUGCUCAUCAUUGGAGCUGGCUUUUCCGGUCUAGCUACGGCUUGUCAACUCAGAAGAGAGCACAAUUGUGAUGACUAUAUCAUCUAUGACCGUUCAUCUGCUCCAGGAGGAACUUGGUGGGCAAAUAAAUAUCCAGGAUGUGCCGUGGAUAUCCCAGCGGUCUUUUAUAGCCUAUCGUUUGCCCCAAAUCCCGAUUUCUCGAAAGUCUACCCACCACAAGCGGAGAUAUUGGAAUACUUCAACCGAGUUGCGGACAAGUACGACGUCUCUCGACACAUCGUUCAGAAUACAGAAUGGGAAGGGGCCUAUUGGCAGGAGCCGACAAGGAGCUGGUUGGUGAAGUUGAAGAACUUGUCCACAGGUCAGGUCUUCUACCACGACUGCAAAAUCUUGAUAUCUGCUGUUGGAGCCUUGGUGAACCCAAAUACAUUUGGCGCCCCUGGUGCCGAAAUAUUUCAAGGCGAUAUCGUCCAUACGGCUGCGUGGAAAGAGGAUAUGUCUCUUCGAGAGAAAGAUGUGAUUGUCGUUGGCAAUGGAUGUUCGGCUGCUCAGCUCAUUCCCGCUAUUGCUAAAGAAGCUCGAAGCAUCACCCAAUUUAUUCGGACUCCCCAAUUCUACUUGCAAAAUGAAAACAAGCAAAUCGACGACAACUGGAAAUUCAUUUUUCGCUAUGUGCCCGGUGCUCUGCGUUUGUUGAGACUGAUGGUGUUUCUCUAUUUGGAGAGCACAGCUGUCAGAUUCAAUAUCAAUCCUAACGGAAACAAAGCCAGAAAUCUAUCAUCAGAGAGAAGCAAAGCUUACAUCCAAAGGAAUGCGCCCGGUGAGCUCAACCCAAGAAGAAUCAUUUGUCGCCGGAUCUUCGACAACAACAAGUAUAUCAGUUGCCUGCAAAAGAGCAAUAUUCAUCUUACAGAAGACCCGAUUGUCGAAAUUUCAUCUCAUUCGAUUUUCACCAAGUCUGGCCAGGAGUAUCCUGCAGAUGCAAUUCUGCUUGCCACCGGAUUCGCCCUGACGCAGUACGAUGUAGAGCUGGUAGGGCGGAAUGGCCGGACUCGUGAUCAGCAUUGGGAUAACUUCGGCUACAAGGAGGCAUACAAAUCGACUGCGAUGUCCGGAUUCCCCAAUUUCUUCUAUGUUCUGGGUCCCAACUCUGGUAAAGGCCAUACGUCUGCCAUUUACUCCAUUGAGAACUACGUGAACCUUGUCAUGAAGGUGAUUGCGCCGGUUAUUCAAGACCGCUGUUCCUUCGUCGAGGUGAAGCCCGACAGGGAGAAAGAUUACAACGUGAAUUUGCACGAGAAGAUUGCCACGACGAUCUUCGACAGCUCAUGCAGGAGUUAUUUCAUCGACUACAAGACUGAGAAGAAUUGGUUCAUAUACCCAUGGAACUCAUUUGUCAUGUGGUACUCCACUCACUCGGGCCGUUCGGAUGACUGGACAUACGAUGUCCGACCUGACAAAAACCGAGUGUUCCGCUUCCGUCAUCUACUACUCCUCCUUGCACUCAGCAUUAUUUUGAUUAGCUUUACCAUGAUAGUAAGAGAGAAAUACAGUUGA